AUGUUAUUGCUAGAUAUUGCAGCAGAGACGGAGACCCUUUUCAGCGCCGUGGGUGCCACCAACCGGUCCGCCAUUCUCUCGUCUGUCUUCAAGUGUCAAGAACAAGAGGUGUCCGAGGCUGUGCUGGCGCUGUGGAUGUUGAUCAAACACGGUCGCAUGAGUGACGACGACGUGGACAAAUGCGCCGAGGCGUACAUGCAGAUCAAGUUCCAGGUCAAUAUGGACUUUGAGGUUGACGACGCACUCGAUAAACUGGUAACACUCGAGCUCAUCGAGAAGAAGGAAGACGGCAGGUACAAGGCCAAAAGCCCCACCUAUCUGCUCGAGGUCAUGGCAGAGAGAUGGCUUGAGGUGGACCUGGGUCUCGCGAAUGGGGGCGGCGGUGUUGUGGGUGGGGUUUCCGCAGUGGCGGGUGGGGUUGGUAGUGCAGCCAUGAGUGGUGCCAAGGUACUCAACAAGAUCAACCCCCUGAAAAACCUGUUUUGAGAUCACCCCACCCCAAAUACUAAUAUGCCCACACAUCUAGCGGUGCUGUAUACAGGAUGCUGGUGCCACCUGGGAAGGUGACGGGUGGUUGGGGACAAACAGGCGUGGUUGUGGUCCAUGAGCGUAUAUGGAGGGUUUAGGAUACAUAUGAAGUCGAAGUUCGUAACUUGCUCAUGUUGAAUAUAAAUAAAUACAGAUGGACUAUAC